GCCAGUUCGUGUCGCUGGACGGUGCUGGCAAAACCCCAACUUUGGGUGGCGGCUUCCAUGUGAAUCUAGGAAAAGAGUCGAGAGCACAGACCCUACAGAAUGGACGGCGGCACAUCCACCACUUGGGGAACCAGCUGCAGCUGAACCAGCACUGCUUGGACACUGCCUUCAACUUUUUCAAGAUGGCCGUGAGCAAGCACCUGACACGUGGCCGCAAGAUGGCCCACGUGAUCGCCGCCUGCCUCUACCUGGUCUGCCGGACGGAAGGCACCCCACACAUGCUUCUUGACCUCAGCGACCUGCUCCAGGUGAACGUGUACGUGCUGGGCAAGACGUUUCUCCUCCUGGCAAGAGAGCUGUGCAUCAAUGCGCCGGCCAUAGACCCGUGCCUGUACAUCCCGCGCUUCGCACACCUGCUGGAGUUUGGGGACAAGAACCAUGAGGUGUCCAUGACGGCCCUGCGGCUGCUGCAGAGGAUGAAGAGGGACUGGAUGCACACCGGCCGGCGGCCCUCAGGUCUCUGUGGAGCAGCACUGCUGGUUGCGGCCAGAAUGCAUGAUUUCAGGAGGACCGUCAAAGAGGUCAUCAGUGUGGUCAAAGUUUGCGAGUCCACCCUACGAAAGAGGCUCACAGAGUUUGAAGACACCCCCACCAGUCAGCUGACCAUCGAUGAGUUCAUGAAGAUUGACCUAGAGGAGGAGUGUGAUCCCCCCUCAUACACGGCGGGCCAGAGGAAGCUACGGAUGAAGCAGCUCGAACAAGUCCUGUCAAAGAAGCUGGAGGAGGUUGAAGGUGAGAUCUCCAGUUACCAGGAUGCGAUCGAGAUUGAGCUGGAGAACAGCCGGCCAAAGGCGAAGAGGGCCCUGGCCAGCUUGAAGGAUGGCUCCAUCGAGGAUACUGCGUCUAGCCUGUGUGGCGAGGAGGACACGGAGGAUGAGGAGUUGGAGGCCGCGGCCAGUCACCUCAACAAGGACUUUUACCAGGAGCUUCUCGAUGCCGUCCCUGGUGGCUCGGAAGCAGCAGGAAGCCCUGAAGGGGGCAACCGGCCUCCAGCCCUGGAGUCCCUGCUGGGGCCCCUGCCCACAGCGGCCAGCCUGGGCAUCUCAGACUCCAUCCGCGAGUGCAUCUCCUCCCAGAGCCAUGACGCCAAAGAUGCUUCGGGGGAUGGUGAGCUGGACCUCAGCGGCAUUGACGACCUUGAGAUCGACAGGUAUAUCCUGAACGAGUCGGAAGCUCGAGUGAAGGCAGAACUAUGGAUGCGGGAGAACGCCGAGUACCUGCGGGAGCAGAGGGAGAAGGAAGCAAGGAUUGCCAAGGAGAAGGAGCUGGGCAUCUACAAGGAGCACAAGCCCAAGAAGUCAUGUAAGCGGAGGGAGCCCAUCCAGGCCAGCACAGCCGGGGAGGCCAUUGAGAAGAUGCUGGAGCAGAAGAAGAUCUCCAGCAAGAUCAACUACAGCGUGCUCCGGGACCUCAACAGCAAGGGCGCAGGUGGCCCACCACAGGAGGACGCACGGCUCGAGGAUAAGGCAGGCACCAGGAAGCUGUCACGGAGGAGGACGCCAGCCAGCAGAAGCGGGGCCGAGCCCAUGGUGGGCGUGGGGAAGAGGUUGAGGCCUCUGGUGUCUAAGCAACCAGCUAAGAAGGCCGCCGUGCGAGAGGCCCUGCCCGCAUGCUCCCCCUGCACCGGGGCCGAGCCAGCCAGGCCAGAGGCAGUCUUGGUGGAGAGUGGACCUGUGUCCUACCACGCUGAUGAGGAGGCAGACGAGGAGGACCCUGAUGAGGAGGAUGGCGAGCCCUGCGUCAGCGCCCUGCAGAUGAUGGGCAGCAGCGAUUACGGCUGUGACGGCGACGAUGAUGAAGGCUAUUGAAGUGUGGCCUUGAGGCUGGCCGUGUCCUGGUGGUGGGUGCCAAGCGGCCUCCCUGAGGAUCAGACGGGCCUCCCGGCCCACGACACACAGGCGCACGUGUCGAGACUCCUGGUGACGGGUCAGGUGCUGCCCCGCCUGUACCACAGUCCGUCCCACAGUCACACAUGACCUCCGUGGCACUUGCUGUUGGGAUCAUGCUUUGAGCAACAUAAGGAAUCCUAUCCACAAGAGAAUCGGACCACCAUCUACGAGUGUCUCAUCAGAUGUGGGCAGACCCAAGGCAGGUCCACAGCAUGGCCUGGCCUGCUAGCUGUCCAUUCAUCCAAGAACCGUUCCAGGCUGGCAUUGUCAUGUCGCUGUUACAAGGAAAUUGAGGCAUGGGGCGGCCCUGCCGCUGGUACCAGCAUGCGGAAAGCUGAGUGCUGGCCUCAAGACCCCAGUACUCACUACUGAGCUGUCCGCCCAGGAGCACCACAGCCUAACCUCCUUCCUGUCCUCCUGAGAAGCAAUUUGCACCCAGCUCCCUCUGCCGGAGCACAGUGGCCAGGAAGACUGUUGCAGGAGGUCAAGGUUGGGGCAGCUCUUCCAUGUUCGAUGGCUAUGUCAUCUGGAAAAGGUCCCCUGCCUCCCAGCCGGGCACAGGCUUUUACCUGCUCCAGUACCACGGGGUCUAUACCGGGAGCCCAAGGCUGCUGGCUGGUGACCUGGGCUCAGCCUGCUGCACUCAGCAGAUAGAGACCAGCAGCCCUGCCAUACCUGUGCACAAGACUCCUGGGUGACGCAGGCCUAACCUACGUGGUGUCCCAGCACUGGACGAACCUCACAGACAGAGCCAGAGCUGGCCGAGAGCAGAGGCACUUCCUGUCAGAGUGGGAUUUGGCUUUGCUCCAUGAGUUGCCCCAUGCCAGGCCUCUCGUGGGAAGGCCCAGGAUCCACCCGCAGGGGUCUUCAUUCAGGUGCAGUCCCUGGAUGGCCCAAGGGGAGGGCAGUGCUCCCAGCCCUGGGUGUGGCUCCACCUAUUCCCUGAGGAGCCAUGGCCUCUUAGCUGCAUACUGUCCUGAGAGCCCUUAUCUCCUGAUGGGGAACUGGGUGCAGGGCGCAGCAGAGACAGGGUCUGCAUGGCUGUGCCCCUCCCCCACCCUGUGGCCAGCCUGGACCCCAGGAUUUAGUGAAGCAGAAAGAUCUGUCACCUGCUGGAA